AUGAAACCACAGAAGGAAGCGAUUUGGUCGCUCAAACUCGAUGAAAUUUUUAGUUGCUACUCGCCACGUGAUCUUCCCGAUGCCAUUCGUAAUUAUUUCGAAGAGGAUUGUGAUGAAAUUUAUUUGGAAAUUGGAAAUUCUUCUGCUGGAUUGAAGCACAUCAUGGAAAGACAUGAAAAUCAAUUUAUAAUUCCAAAAUUGAGGAAAUUGAAUGAUGAGAAGGGAGGUGAUGAUGAUGAUAUUGAGAGGAGUAUGAGUUCUUGUUCAUCAUCCGAAGGUUUGGAAAUUGAUUUUACAAAUAAUAUUAAUGAUGAUCGGAAUGAAAAUAUUGAAAAUAAAGAAAUGGAAAAUAUGAAAAAUUGUAAUGAGAAUGAUACUGAUUCAAUACCAUCAUUGGAAAGGAAUUAUCAACUAGUUUCUGAAUACAUCUACAAUAUUAUGAAAAGAGCAGAUUAUUACUAUUAUGGAUAUAAAAUUCUGCCAGGAAAGAAAAUUCCAGAACGUGUAACUCUUGCCUUGCUAUAUCAAUUGGAUUUUAAUAAGUUUUUGAGGGUUUCAAUGGGAACGAAUGGUUUCAUUGUGACUGCAGUGCCUCAAAGUAUCAAUAAUUAUAAAACAAAGCAAAAGUCAUCAUCAAACUCUCAGCAACAACACCAACAUACAACAACAUCAAAGGCUUCUGGUUCUUCUCCUGCUUUGGAAGGAAAGGAAAAGAAGAGAAAUUCGGAUCCGCCUCCUCCGAAUGAUCAAGUUGUUGCUCAGCAAAUUGUUGUUGAACAAUCAUCAUCGGAUGAGAAAGAAAAGAAGAAGAAUUUGGAAGAAGAAAUUCCAGAAGUUGUCUAUCAAGAUGGAGAACAGGAUGCUCUUGAUCGAUCACAGGAAAUUGAAGUUUUACAAUCAAUUUAUGGAGAAGAUUUUGCUAUGAUUGAUGCAGAACAAUGUUUUGAAAUUACAAUUAGAGGAAAAUUAAAUUUUGAAUUACCAAGUGAUUCGGAUAUUGCUAAUAAUCACUUUUCAAUUUCGGAAAUUCCUUUCAAAUUGAGUCAUGUUGGUUUGAAGCUUUGGGUCAAGUAUGUGAAUGGUUAUCCAUCUCAAACUCUUCCCAAGUUUAAAUGUAUUCCCUUGAUAGAUUUGAAUAGAAUUAUGAGUUUGGUAAGAAGUGCUUCUCAAGUUCAUGCUCAAUUGUCUUUGAAAAGUCAAAUGCAAGAGGAGGAAAUUGAAAGCAUUUAUGCAAAAAUUAGAGCCAAAUCAAGUGAAUUAUUAGGAUAUGCGAUGGUGUAUUCUUUCAUUCAGGAAAUUGAGGAAUAUUUGGAGAGUAAUAAUGUAUCUGUCUCUCUUGCUGAGGAACAAUUCCAAUUCCAACAGAAGGAAAAGAAGAUUAUCAAAACAUCUGUCGUAUUGACAAUGAUUGGAGAUGCUGCUCUCACAUCAGACAAUGUUCUCAACGUGGAAACAAGUGCCAAGUACAAAAACAAGGAGAAUCACGAGGAGGAAGAUAGGAAGAAGAAAGGCUGCACUAAAAAUAAUGCCGUAUGGGAAAAUAUUCAAUACUUUAAGGCAAAGAAUAGAAUUUCCAUCGAGAGUUAUGUCAAGGUUGAGGCCUCGUAUAGCAAGAAUAGCAUUAGUUCAAACUUUUGGCUAAAUAGAUAUGGCCAUGCUGUGGCUAGUAACGGUAAUCACUUGUGGUUUAGUUUUGGUGGUAUUCAUGAAGGAAGGGUGACUGCUGAUUUGAUUUCGUUCAAUGAUUCAGGAAUAGCCAAACCUGCCCUUCUUAAGGAAACCAUUAAUCCAAGAAUUUUCCACACAUUCACCUACAUUGUUACUGCAGAAAUAUUUGUUAUCUUGGGGGGCAUGUCUGAGAAUCGUGACUAUUAUUCGGAUGCAUAUCUCAUUGACUGCCAAUUCAAUCAUCCUAACGUACAAAGAUUGCCCGUAUUUCCAUCCAAGAUUGCUGGACAUUCAGCAACCAAUUUUGAAGACAAGCUCUACGUGUUUGGCGGAUUUUCUGGAGAUACUUAUUCUAACCACCUGUACAGUUUAACACUCAGAAAGCCAAAAAUUGGAAAUGCUCCAAGUAAUUCUUGGAUUAGAAUUGACGCACCUAAUGGACCUUCUCGCAGAUGCGGAUGUAGUUCAGUCGUUUUCAGAGAUAUUUUGUAUGUAUACGGAGGAAACAAUAAGGGAGCCUUUCUCGAUGAUUUGUAUGCCUUUGAUUUGAACUUGAAAUAUUGGACCAAAAUUGUCACUUUUGGAACUAGCACUGCACUUUCACAUGCUCAAUUAUUUGCCACUGCCAAUAAUACACUCACUCUUAUUGGUGGUAUUUAUGUAUACCGUAAUUGGAAUACUACAGUAUUGGAGUUUUCUAUUGACAGUUCCACUUGGAGUGCUUUAAAAUGUGAACAGACCAAGAAAUUUAACGACAGAACUGCCCUCUGUAGUGUUUUACAAGAUAAUCAAAAUUUUAUCUACACUGGAGGUAUUAAGAAUUUGGGUUUUACUUCCCUUGCCAAAAUUUCACAAUCUAACCCAAUCAUGGCAAAGGAAAUGCCAGAAAAGGUUGAUUCCGUAAGAAAGAUGGUUAAACGAUACGUUGGAGGAUUAGAAUAUACCAGAACCUUAUUCGACGUAUAUUAUGACAUGAUUACCUCCCAAAUUGAAAAUAAUUCUGACCUUAUUAUUAAUUACUAUGAAAAGGAUGAGAAUGGAUGCACUGAUCACCGUAAAAUCUUUGCUCACCAAUACGUUGUAAUUUCAAAUCCAGUUUUAAGAAGAUUAUUGGCCAUUCAAAAUGUUAGAGAUCACUUGAAUCAACAAGAUUAUCAAUAUAGUAUGGAGGCUGAUGAGGAAAAUGUGCUCUCAUUUAAAAAUGUAUAUAUAGACAUUCAAACAUUCAAAGGUUUUGAAGAUUUGACUUUUAAUGGUAUUAUGGGUUGCUUACAAUUUGUGUAUUCAUACUCGUUUGACCCUGAAUUAGUAAGAACAGAUAAGGAAUGCUUAGAGCUCUAUCAAGCUGCCAAGAAAUUCAAAUUAACAUUAUUGUGUGAAAUGUUGUGUAACUCUAUCACUGCCGAUUCUCUCCAAUUGACCAUUGGUGAUUUCAUUGAACAAUCAAUGCAAGAAUUCUUAAAACCUGCAGCUGUUGGACCAGAAGAACAAUACUUUUUGAAUACUGCCAAUGAAUUUGAAACAUUUUCAUCAGAACAAACCAAAGACACUCCAUAUGUUAGAAUUAUUGCUCCUGAUCUUUAUAGCAAGUUGAAUUUGGAGAGAGCAAGAUACAUCAAGUCCAUGAAUGAAGAAUCUUUGGAAGAAUCAGCUAUUCCAGAGGAAAUGCCAGAAGUGGAAUCAUUUGAUGAGGAAUUAUUUGAGGAAAUUGAUAGUGCAAAGGGAGAAGGAUUCAAUUGGAUGACUGAUGUUCCAAAAUCAGCCGAUGAUUUACCAGAACUUGAAUGGAAGUACAUUAUUGUUCACAAGAGUAUUUUAGUAUAUAGAUCCAAGUUCUUCCGUACAAUGUUUAACAUGGAUUUCUCAGAGAGUAAGACUAAUGAAAUUAGAUUGAAUGAUACCUCAAUGCAAUCUAUUGAAGCAAUUCUAUAUUGGAUGUAUUCUGGAAAGUUCCCAACCAUCUUGUCAGAAAAUGCCAUUGAACUAUUCGUUGCUGCAAGUCAGUAUGAUUUGCCAGAGGUGAGAGAUUGGGCCAGAUCUUUUAUUGAAAAGUUUAUUGAUGUUAAUAAUGUGAUUACUGUUUUGGAUAUUGCAGACAUGAUUGGUGAUGUUAGUUUGAAACGUUUCUGUAUCUAUUUUAUUGCCAAUAGAUUAGAUAUCAUUUGCAGAGAUCCACUCUUUAAUGAAAUUCCACAUAAUACCAGAUUUGAAAUUAGAUCACUCAACAGUAAGAUUAAUAGAAAAAAGGUUAAAAAGUAA